AUGGCAUCGUUGGAAGCGGCUAACACUCCGUCAACGCCAUCAUCCGGUGGCCCGCCACCUCCUCUUGCAGCAACGCCAUCAUCUGAAGGCCCACCACCUCCUCUUGCAGCAGCGCCAUCAUCCGGUGGCCUGCCACCUCCUCUUGCAGCAACCAUGCUGUCUGUCGUAGCCCAGAGCCAAACACCACUACCCAUGCUGACUUACGCAACUCCACCACCAUUCCCCAAUAGCAGCGUACCCAAUCCAUACAUUGUACCUCCUCGAUCACUGUUUUUUCCUAACACCAUUGGAUUUAACAACACCGACUACAACCCUCUACCACCAUCUGCCCAAACCACAAACGACCCACAACAAACAACUCCCAUAGCACCACUGGUAAACGGAUUGCCCACAUACACACAUGUAGCAUCGACGAACAACACCACAACCGGCCCAAGUGUCAUAUCACAACCACAAAACCACCCGCCAUUGGUAAUGAGCACCGUGUCAACGCCUCCAUUCACGCCUUACCAACAAAUACCCAUGGCUCACACGUUUCCCAUCUCGUUUCAGCCGUCAAGCUUCUAUGGCCCAACAACGCCAAACCUUACAACCUACAAUAACAUGCUAGUACAGCCUUUCUUGGCAAUGCAACAACUAGGGUACCACUUUGUUCAAUGGACACCAAACCAAGAUUGCCUUUCACGAAGUGUCACGUUGCCCUUCGUCAAAGAAUUGUUGAAAUACAAAAUCCCCAACACCGCCAAACUACCCCACCUCAAAACGUACGAUGGUACCACAGACCCAGACAGCCACAUUGACACAUACGAGUGGACAGUGACAUUCUUUAAGCUAGACGAAUGA